UGAACCAGGACGGACUUUAACUCCUCCUUCUGAGUUUUAUUUAAUUAAAUAGAAGAAAUCCACAUGGACUUUGCUUUGGAGAUAGUCUUUAGUCUUUUUUAACUUUAGGUUUUAAUCAUGUUGAAGAAUAAUGGAAAGAAGUCAGCGGUGUUUGUGGCUGCAUCAGCCGGUCUCUCACUGCUGCUGCUGCUCAUGAUGAUGAUGAUGAUGGUCGCUGUGCAGCAUCACCAGGUCCAGGUGGAUGAGGACACUGGAGGAGGCGGAGGAGAGGACACCGGGACCCGCGCUGUGCUCCGGGAUGCCGCGCAGGGUCCGGGAGUGAAGAAAGGAUUCUCCGCGUACUUCACCAAACUGACCCGCGGGCGCAGAGACGCGGAGAAACCCGCGGGCUCCGCCGCGUCCUCGCUGCCGCCGCCUCCCGCUGAGGACAUCAGCGCCGAUGACAUCUUCAUCGCCGUGAAGACCACCAAGAAGUUCCACCGCUCCAGACUGAGUCUGCUGCUGGACACGUGGAUCUCCAGGAACAUGCAACAGACGUACAUCUUCACCGACGGAGAAGACGAGGAGCUGAAGAAGAAAAUGGGGAGUCAUGCCAUCAACACCAACUGCUCUGCGGCUCAUAGUCGACAAGCGCUGUCUUGUAAGAUGGCAGUGGAAUAUGACAAGUUCAUCGAGUCGGGGAAAAAGUGGUUCUGUCACGUGGACGAUGACAACUACGUGAACGCCCGGACUCUGGUGAAGCUUCUGUCCCAGUAUCCUCACACGCAGGACAUGUACAUCGGCAAACCCAGCCUGGACCGGCCCAUCGAGGCCACAGAGAGGCUGGGGGACAAUAAGAUGAAACCCGUCAACUUCUGGUUUGCCACCGGAGGAGCAGGUUUCUGCGUGAGUCGGGGUCUGGCACUGAAGAUGAGCCCGUGGGCCAGCGGCGGCCACUUCAUGAACACGGCGGAGAAGAUCCGUCUGCCCGACGACUGCACCGUGGGCUACAUCGUCGAGUCGGUCCUCGGCGUCCCGCUGACCCGCAGCAACCUGUUCCACUCUCACCUGGAGAACCUGCAGCAGGUGUCCAGGUCUGAGAUCCACAAACAGAUCACCCUCAGUUAUGGGAUGUUUGAAAACAAGAGCAAUAUCAUCAAUUUGAAAGGGGCUUUUUCUGUGGAGGAGGAUCCAUCCAGGUUCAAGUCUGUGCACUGUCUCCUGUACCCAGACACCCCGUGGUGUCCGCCUCAGGUUGCCUUCUAGGGCGACCGCUCCUUUCUCAUCCUCGUCCCCGUCCGCGUCUCGGUAUCUGAGAGGCGCGAAGGGACCAGUGUUUUUUCGAGUAAGACCGCGCGGUCCGCUGUUGCUGCAGCGGCGCGCGGUCUUCGAUAGUUUUACUGGGCUGCUGUGCGGCCCGCAUCGGGACUAUUUCUUCUUCCUGCUCUGAAGGAACCCCCUCCACCCCCAGCUCUGUGGUGCUCGGGGUGGAAGGACUCCAGGCUCUCGGACAGGAAGAAGCUUUCAGCGUCGAGCUUUUGCAGGCAAUCAUUUGAGCUUUGUGAUGUAUAUGUUGCUUGUAAAUGUAUCUGCAAUUCUCAUAGAAUGUGUCGUCAAAUAUUCAAGCCUUUUUUUUUUUGCCAGCUCUACAUUAACAUUUUCUUCUUUUCUUUUCUUUUUUUAAAAUCUUAUUCCAUCCAUUAUUGUUAACUUUAAUCUUUUAGACCAGAUGACUCCGGACAAACACUCAAGUAUGAAGAUGUUUAUUUGUUUUAGUUAUCAGUGUUAUAUGUUUUUUUUCUCCCACACAUAUUUGAGCUGGCAGGAGGUCGACGUCCAAAAGCUUCAUUUGGUGACUUAAUCUGAGGUUUAUCAGGACAAAAAAAAAGCACUUUUUAAAAAAUGUUUUUCUCUCUAUUUUUGGUGAAAUUAUUUACAUCCGUGACAUUCCUCAGAUUUGUCUCCUAGCUGACAAAAAAAGAAAUAUUAAUAACCCCUCAAAAUCUAUUCACUCUGUUGUAUUUAAUAACACUCCUUGCAUUUGUUACAAUCAGGGAAGAAUAAUGAGUGGAUGAGAUUUUGACUCGGGGUUACAAUCAGCUUUUGAAUUGCUCUGAAAUUUUAUUAUUGUUAUUGUUAUUAUUAAUAUUGCACAGCUGGAAUUUUCAAAUGCGAGCUGAGGUUUUUUUGCUCCUGAGAAAGAACUUCUCACCCUCUCACGCUUCGGCAGAAUCUCUAAGCUCGACAACACACAGAGGAAACCCAAAACAGCAAUGAGAAAAAGCUGCGUCUGAAUAAUAAGCACGUGCGUAAUCCGAGCCACAGUCUUGUUAUACUUCUGCACAAAAGACUGAUGAGCCUCUCUGUUGUUGUUGUUAUUUUCUUAUUAUUGCUGUGAAUGUUCUUUAUUUACACAUAAUAUUGGAUGGUUACUGUCGAGGCCUGUGAGGUGAAAACUUAACCAGGAGCAACAUCAGUGUUUUUUGUUUAUUUUACAUGGAGGCUUUUUUUUUCCUGCUUCCUCUGUGUUGUCUCUCACCCAUAUUGGGUGUCGCUGUACAUCUUGAUGACAGUAUUGUGUACUGUGGCUUUGUGUUUCAAUGAGUAGUGACUGUACAUGUUUAGAAUGUAAUUUCCUCCGCUUUUGUGUGGUCUACGCGACGCUUUCGAUGACCUGGACAUGAUUGUUGUACUGCUUUUUGAACUGUGUCGACUGAACAGCCACAGUGUUUAUUCUCCAGUAUCUGGAGGGUUCGCACAGUUCCUUCCCAAUACUGGCUUCUCAGGGAUUAUGAGCUUUGGUCGUGGUAUCUGCAGCCUUUGGGACCCACAGUGGGACCUAAAACUUUAAAUAAAAGUGCAUAACCACUGAGAAACUUUA